GGCCCCAGGAAGGGGCGUUGUUCUUGGACCCUUGUCACCCCCUGUUGCCUAAACACAGGAUGACAAAUUCCCCUCAUUCCUCUCCCCGAGCCUCAGAUUUCCCGGAAUGGACGAGGACACCAUAUUAUGCUUUUUUGAUAGCUUUCGCAUGGGAUCGAGGGAGCCAGGACCUUGGGAACCAGAAAGGGGGCAUAACCUGGAACUUACCACUGGGAGGGAGCGCAACCUGGAACGUACCACUGAGAGGAAGCACAACCUGGAAUAUACCACUGGAAUAGAGCGCAACCUAGAACAUACCACUGAGAGGGAGCGCAACCUGGAAAGUACCACUGAGAGGAAGCACAACCUGGAAUAUACCACUGGAACAGAGCGCAACCUAGAACAUACCACUGAGAGGAAGAACAACCUGGAAUGUACCACUGAGAGGAAGCACAACCUGGAAUGUACCACUGGAACAGAGCGCAACCUAGAACAUACCACUGAGAGGAAGCACAACCUGGAAUGUACCACUGGAAUAGAGCGCAACCUAGAACAUACCACUGAGAGGGAGCGCAACCUGGAACGUACCACUGAGAGGAAGCACAACCUGGAAUGUACCACUGGAACAGAGCGCAACCUAGAACAUACCACUGAGAGGGAGUGCAACCUGGAAUGUACCACUGGAACAGAGCGCAACCUAGAACAUACCACUGAGAGGGAGCGCAACCUGGAACGUACCACUGGGAGGGAAUGCAACCUGAAACGUAUCACUGGGACUGAGCGCAACCUGGAAUGCACCACUGGAACAGAGCGCAACCUAGAACAUACCACUGAGAGGGAGUGCAACCUGGAACGUACCACUGAGAGGAAGUACAACCUGGAAUAUACCACUGGAACAGAGCGCAACCUAGAACAUACCACUGAGAGGAAGCACAGCAUGGAAUGUACCACUGAGAGGAAGCACAACCUGGAAUGUACCACUGGAACAGAGCGCAACCUGGAACAUACCACUGAGAGGGAGUGCAACCUGGAACGUACCACUGAGAGGAAGCACAACCUGGAAUGUACCACUGGAACAGAGCGCAACCUAGAACAUACCACUGAGAGGGAGUGCAACCUGGAAUGUACCACUGGAACAGAGCGCAACCUAGAACAUACCACUGAGAGGGAGUGCAACCUGGAACGUACCACUGAGAGGAAGUACAACCUGGAAUAUACCACUGGAACAGAGCGCAACCUAGAACAUACCACUGAGAGGAAGCACAGCAUGGAAUGUACCACUGAGAGGAAGCACAACCUGGAAUGUACCACUGGAACAGAGCGCAACCUGGAACAUACCACUGAGAGGGAGUGCAACCUGGAACGUACCACUGGGAGGGAGUGCAACCUGGAACGUACCACUGGGAGGGAGUGCAACCUGAAACGUAUCACUGGGACUGAGCGCAACCUGGAAUGUACCACUGGUCGGGAGCGCAACAUGGAACCUUACCACUGGGAGGGGAGCGCAACCUGGAACGGCACAGCCUCUGUGCUCCAGCGCCGUUCCGACAACGAGGAGUAUGUGGAGGUGGGCCGUCUCGGACCCUCCGACUACUUCGGAGAGAUCGCCUUGCUGCUGAACAGGCCGCGGGCGGCCACAGUGGUGGCACGCGGACCGCUGAAGUGUGUCAAGCUGGACCGACCACGAUUUCGAGCGCGUGCUGGGGCCCUGUUCCGAGAUCCUGAAGAGGAACAUCCAGAGAUACAACAGCUUCAUCUCCCUGACCGUGUGACAGGGCUUCUUUCACACACCGAGAGUAAGUCUGAGGAGCAAAGGAGGGGGCUGUCAGUGACACCCCCAUUGCUUUUGGAGGCCGUGGUGGGCGACUGA